AUGACCUCGACCUGCCUGCCAGCCAUCCGUGCCACUCUUCCCGCUCAUGCUCCCUUGUUCCCAUUCCUCUCGAGAAAAGAGAGUCGUGCCCCAUGCGUGCCGUCCUCACUUAAGCCAAAGAGCCAAUCUCGUCGAGGCAAUGCCAUUGUUGCACAUGGUGUUGAUUCUUUCCUUUUGGCGCACAGUCACACAGACCUCAUUUCCUCUUUGGCGCGACAUUGCGUUACACUUACGGGCACGGAGCACCAGAAGCAGCAGCAACCACUGAAGCAACCACCACCAACGGAACGGCAUAGCACCACCCAGGCAAGCAGAAGCGGCAAACAGCCGGUGCUCGGAUGGGUCGGUCGGUGUCGGUGCAUGUGCAUCGUGAGAAAGUUAACUGGAGACAUUCCCACAAGUAUUGGGAUUGUGCCGCACUCCUGCUCCCGGUUUCUCACCUCGGCCUCGGCUUCGGUCAGCUGUGACACUUGUUUGGCGCAUUUUGCGAGAUUGGGCAUUUCGGAUUGGGCCAUUGACGAAAUCCACCUGCCCGAGGGUGAGUUUCAGUUCAAAUUCAAGACCAAGGGGUCGCUGCAAUCGCGUUCAUGAAAUCGAGAAGUUAACAAACAGAAAACGGCACCAGUGACAUCGCUGACAUCUGAUGGCACUGAUUUCGUACAUUUCCAGUAUUCUUCGUGGGGGAGGUUUCUGAGAUCAUCAGAGUUGCAAUGUUUUGAUAUGGGUUUUGGGAUGACUGAAGGAAGACAGCCAUAUGCAAAAACAAAGAAUU